AUGGCCGCUAAGGAGCUUUUAUGCUUUCUUUUCGUCUGCUUCUUUGCCUUGGGAAGUGCUACCUACUGUACUUACGACAGUGAUUGUUCCUAUAGUGAGUCCUGUUGUACAGAUAAAGUCUGUAGAGAGAGAUGUUACUACUGUUUGUACGACUACCAGUGUGGAACGAACGAGCAAUGCUGUGAUGGGAAAUGUAUCAGCAGUUUCUCUUCAUGUUCGUGUAUGUACGACUACCAAUGUGACAUUGGCGAACAGUGCUGUAAAAGCAAAUGCAUCAGUAGCUCUUCUUCCUGUUCCUGCACGUACGACUACCAAUGUGGAUCGAGCAAGAAAUGCUGUAAAAGCAAAUGUAUCAAUAGUUUAUCCUCUUGUUUCUGUUCGUAUGACUACCAAUGUGGAUCGAGCAAGAAAUGUUGUAAUAGCAAGUGCAUUAACAGUUCGUCAUCUUGCUACUGUUCGUCCGACUACCAGUGUGACCUUGAUGAGGAUUGUUGUGGGGGAGUUUGUUCCUCAUACUGUGGUUGGAGCGGUGGGUCUAUUGCAGGCGCUGUUAUCGGCACGAUUAUUUUUUUUGCAAUCAUCAUUUCCAUCGUAUCCUGCUGCUGCUGCGCUUGUUGCCCGUACUACCGCUAUCGUACACCCGGUGCUGUGGUCGUCGCCGGCCAACAGCCACAGCAACAAAUCUUCUCAACCCAAAUGAUGACGACGCAACAAGUACAUGCUCCUCCGCUGGUGAACUACAACCUGCCUUCUCCAGAUGGAUACGAUCAGCCUCCUCCAGCAGGUUACAACCUGCCUCCUCCAGCUGGUUACGAUCAGCCUCCUCCAGGUUUCAAUCAGGCUCCUCCGCCCUACGCAAGCUAUCCUCCACCACCAAACCAAUAUCCUCCUCCGUUACGACAAGCUUAAGCGGCGCCGAUGCCAGCUGCAGUAAACGCCGAAUAACCGAACCAGAUAUAAUUAAAAUAAUUUGCAAGGUAACUUCUACAAGCGGAUCAAGGUUCCGAUGAAGUAAAAUAACCUUUGGUUUUUAUUUUUCAUUUACAUAGAUGUAAACGUAGUCAAAUUACUAAAUGUUAUGUAAGAUUUUCCAAGGAUAGUUCUAGAAGUAUAAGUUAGGGAAUAGGUUCUCUAAUCUUAAGUGAAAUUACACUAAUCCUAGGUAUGAGCUGCACGUUGUAUAUUUGCAAAUUCGAAAAUCUAUUUCGCCUUCGUCGUCGUUCAAAGAAAAACAAAAAGUAGACAUAGAUUUCUUGUGCAAAGGAUUUUUGUUGGAGAUAGAUGAGUCCGAUCAUUUGCAUUAAUUUUCCAGAAUGAAUAUUGUAUUCUAAGAAAUGUAGUUUCACUUUAAGUGUCAUAUUAAACCGAUGUGGCUGUUAUUAACCGAGUCUAUGGUUCCAUCGACAGUUUUCGUUGUAUUUCCGCUCAUAAAAUUUGUAAGA